AUGCGAAUAUCUUCAAGAUGGCCGCGGCCUUCAUUGCGGAGCUGCACACAACACUCGACCUCGUGUCUGCUUGCGUGCGCAUCCUUCCUGUCGCUUGCCCAAGGCAUCACAUUCACACCAGUGCCAUCAUCGAAUCUCGACCUCAGCCAGCUAGGAAACACGGGUAUUGCAGGCGACUUCACCGGCAUAUCACUCUAUCAGUGGGAGGGGCAGAACGAAAAUGCAUUCGCUAAUAAUGGAUCUCAAUCUCUCAUGGCCCAGCUGCCCAACGGCCAAUUUAUUAAUAUCUUGAACACAGACGCGUCCAUCCAGGCUCUGUGUACCUUCCAAGGCGCGUUGAUCUUGGCCGGUAACUUUACGAGCUUGGGCGGGCGGGAGUUUACCGCCAUAGCCUCCUACGACCUCAACUCGACGGAGCUAACAAACUUGACCGGCCUGACGGGCCAAGUCAACAGCUUGCUUUGUGAUGACGACUCAAACAUGGUAUAUGUUGGCGGAAGUUUCCAGGCUGGAACCUCGACAAAUGCAGUUACAUGGGUCGGAAACAACGGCUGGACGAGCCUGCCUUUUGCGGGCUUUAAUGGACCCGUCGCAUCCAUCAGCAAAGCAGCCAAUGGCCAUAUCAUCUUCGGUGGGAGCUUCACGGGAUUGGGAAAUACGACCACGACAAAUUCCAGCACCUCUACUGAGUCUCUGGUCAACCUUUCCGCGGCCAAUAUUUCGGCCAGUCACAGCAUCGCAACCACAGGCUUCAACGAACCUGACAAUAUUGUUUGUCAGACUGGUGGCGUUGAUGGGUCUGACACUACCUGGUUGUUGGAAGACGACACCCCUGGUUCCUGGACUGCGAAAUUCUCCUAUGGUUUCGAGCCUACAAAGCUGCGAUUGUAUAACACCCACCAAGAUGGCCGAGGCACCAAGACCUGGAGAUUCACGGCCCUGCCGAUUGAUGGUAUCAUGAACUUUACUUACAUUGACCCAGCCAGCAACAAGAAUAUAUCGUGUACAAGCGAAUGCCCACUGAGCGACAAUACUUCCAUCCCCUACCAGGAAUUCUACUUCGUCAACCGUGUUGGGAUGAACGAGUUCAGAAUUGACGUAUCGGCUUGGUAUGGCAGUGGUGGUGGCCUUGAUGGUAUCGCACUUUACACAGACGAAAUGUAUACGUACUCCAUCAACGACUUUAACGAGCCACCCUGCUCCAACACUUCUUUUCCAGCAACUGCAACGUCGACGGGUUCAUGGGUUGUCGCACCAUCCGGAGAAAGCAGUUCGGAAUAUUUGUCAGCUCAGCUGACUGGCACUAUAUCGUCUGAUUCGGCAUCUGUUACUUUUUACCCAGAUAUACGCGAGUCUGGCAACUAUUCGGUUAGCAUGUAUACGCCGGGUUGUAUUCAGGACGAUACCUGCUCUAGCCGCGGACAAGUCAAUAUUACCUGGACUUUGACUGCCGAUGGUAGCACCGAAGACAGUUCCAAAGUAAUUUACCAAUCGAACAACUACGACAAGUAUGAUUCCCUUUUCACAGCAAUUAUGGACGCGGCCUCGUCUUCGUUUCGACCUAGUAUCGUCCUUACUCCGGCCAACAAUCAAGACAUCUCAAACAUGACUGUUGUAGCUCAGCGCAUUGGCUUGCGCCUGCUAAACUCGACCGGCGGUCUAAAAGGGCUUUUCGAAUACGACCCGACCAAGGUAACUAUCGAUACGGCCGAUUUCGAGACUUCCGCUUUCGACAAACUGGGAUCCACCUUUGCUGAUCGGUCCGCUGUGGAAACUCUUGCCGUGGACGACGAUGUCACCUACAUUGGAGGAAACUUUACGUCGGAGAACGUUAGAAACAUCGUCGGCAUAAACACAGCUAGUAACUCUACUGUGCUACUUGACGGAGGCCUCAACGGCGCAGUGUCAUGCCUCUAUGCAUCGAACGGCUCGAUCUAUGCUGGAGGUUCAUUCGACAACACCUUGGAUAAUUCCAUGUCUGGUCUGAGCCACGUAGCCAUCUACAGCCCGAGUAGCGGCAAGUGGUCACCACUCGGUGCUGGUCUUGAUGGCCCAGUUGCCAGCAUUGUUCCUAUGACUUUGAACAUAAGCAGUACUACUCCAGAGACAGUGAUAGCCUUGACAGGAUCAUUCAACACACUUGUUGCCUUCGACGACAACUCGGAGGUUGUGGUUAGUGGCUUUGCCAUUUGGGUUCCUUCACAAGGCAACUGGCUCCAGAACGUAAACGGACCCGUGCCCUCCAUCAAUGGCCUAUUGACCACGUCGUUGCUUAGUGUGGCCGAUACUUCAUUAUACGCUGGUACACUAUCUUCUCAAGCAAUGAGCGCCAAUGGGGUUGUCACGGUUGGCGAAUCACUUGGGAAUUUCCCAGUUGAAUUUACAUCGCAGUCCACUAGUGCUAAUACAAGCACUGGCGUUGUCAAACGGGCCUCGUUGAUCAAUAGCACAGAGACCCUCACCGGUGUCCAAGCUGGCGCUUUCUACAACAGUGGUGCGGUUACCGUACUCGCGGGACACUUCACUGCCCUCAGCAGCAAUGGCUCGGAGGUCAGCAAUGUGGUCAUUAUCGAUGGCAAUAACAACAAUGCUACUACCGGUCUGCCUUCAGGCAUUGACGACGACUCCAUGUUUUAUGCAGUGGCUGUUCAAGGCGAUAAUCUCUUCGCUGGAGGAAGAAUCAACGGGACUGUUGGGGAUUCGACUGUUAAUGGCCUUGUGUCCUAUAAUCUCGCCGGUGCCAAAUUUAACGGUCAACCCCCAGCUCUGGUUGGUUACUCUGACUUGCCUGUGGUUGUCACGUCAAUCAAAGUGCGGCCCAACACAGGAGACGUGUACGUUGGAGGUUCUUUCAAAUCUGCGGGCUCAUUGGCAUGCCCUGGCGUAUGCGUAUUCGCCACGUCAAGCUCUCAAUGGAACAGGCCUGGCCUAGGACUAGAGGGUAAUGUCAGUUCAUUAAUUUGGCCAACUAGCUCUACUCUGAUUGCUGGCGGCCAAUUGAGCAUCAAUAACAUCCCGGUAUAUCUUGCAUCAUAUGAUGUCUCGAGCUCAGCUUGGUCAGCUUUCUCGUCAGCGUCAUCACUUCCUGGGCCAGUGGAUGCCGUUACUACAGCAAACAGCAAAGGCACAGAAUUUUGGGCAGCCGGAACUGCGAGCGACUCUAGCUCAGUGUACCUUAUGAAAUACGACGGGUCGGCUUGGCAAUCGGCAGGCACCAGCCUGAAUCCCGACUCUGUCAUCCACAGCUUGCAGAUGUUCACGGUCACGUCUGCCCAUGAUUCCACCUCUUUAAUGGACUCAACGCAGGUCCUGAUGAUCACCGGGUCUCUUAGUAUCCCUGGUUUUGGAACAGCCUCGGCUGCUCUUUUCAAUGGGACAACAUUCCAGCCAUAUGCUCUCACAGGCAACACCGGCAAUACUGCAGGAUCGAUUUCUAAGAUCUUUGUACAAAACGAGAACUUCUUCUCCAAUAGCAGUUCUGGGCUGGCUGUUGGCUUCAUCGUUCUAAUAGCAUUGGCCAUCUCACUGGGUUUGAUGCUUCUCAUCGUGGUUGCUGGUCUCCUCUUAGACCGCUACAGGAAGAAGCGUGAAGGUUAUGUUCCAGCUCCCACCUCAAUGUAUGACCGUGGUGGUGCCAUGAGUCGCCUUCCUCCUGAAGAGCUGCUUGACUCAUUAGGCAAGGGCCGAUCUGGUGCUCCUCACAUAUGA